CUUUGUGUGACGUCAUCACCCCGCGUCCAGAGUUGAGUCAAGUAAAUAGUUCCACCGUGUCGCGAUGGACUCAAACAAGGACGAAGCGGAGCGUUGCAUCAAAAUCGCUCUGAAUGCAGUCAGCAACAACCAGCCGGACAGAGCCAAGAAGUUUCUAGAAAAGGCCCAGCGUCUGUUCCCGACAGACAAAGCCCAAAGUUUAUUGGACACGCUAGCGCAGAAUGGGAAGCCUCCGGACCAGAAUGGGCGAACUGUCCACGGAGAAAGAACCUCCCCGAGGCAGCGUCAUCACAGAGAGGACGCCGAAACGUCUGCGCAGGGCCCUGCAGAUUCGACCAAACCUUACACCGCUGAGCAGAUGGAGGCGGUCAGGAAGAUUAAGGGUUGUAAAGAUUACUACCAAAUUCUGGGCGUAGAAAAGACUGCCUCUGAGGAAGAUCUUAAAAAAGCGUACCGGAAGCUGGCGCUGAAAUUCCACCCUGAUAAAAACCAUGCGCCGGGCGCCACCGAUGCAUUUAAAGCCAUUGGCAACGCUUACGCAGUGCUGAGCAACACUGAGAAGCGGCGGCAGUACGACCAGUACGGGGAGGAGCGCUCGCACCCGAGCAGACAGCGGCAACAUCGUGACUUUGAAGCCGAUAUUUCACCCGAGGACCUCUUCAACAUGUUUUUCGGUGGAGGCUUCCCAUCCAGUAACGUACACGUUUACAGAAAUGGAAGAAUGCACUUUGCGCACCACAACAGGCAAGAAAGAAGAGAGCAGCAGAGAGAUGGAGGCCUGGCUCUGUUUGUCCAGCUGAUGCCCAUCCUCAUCCUCAUCCUGGUGUCUGCGCUAAGCCAGCUCAUGAUCACGCAUCCUCCUUACAGCCUUAGCUACCAUCCGUCAGCAGGUUACGUUCACAAACGGCAUACGUCCCACCUGAAGGUGCCUUUCUACGUGGGCGAGCGCUUCAGCCACGAAUUCACCGGAGCCAACCUGAAGAAUGUGGAGAGAACUGUGGAGGAGGACUACAUCUCCAACCUCAGGAACAAGUGCUGGAAGGAGAAGCAGCACAAGGAAGGCCUAAUGUACCGCGCACGCUAUUUCGGGGACUCUGAGUUGUACAAGAGCGCAGAGAGGAUGGGGACUCCCAGCUGCAACCGAUUAUCUGAGAUUCACCUCAUACUGGACGGUUAGAAACCCUUUGGACAAUUACGGGUUUUUUUUGGUACUUGAAUCAUUUUGGAGGACCGCUUUCGGGGCUUCACCCUUCCAAGUGCUUCUGUGCAGCAAACCCAAGAGAAUCCAAACAGGCCUUACGCACUGUGGGCAGCAGCAGACCUCACCUGGGAACCACUCGGCUGAUUUAGCGUACAACAUGCAAGGAGCUUUGGCCGAAGUUUUCUUCCUCUCCCACUUGUCUUUGGGAUGGGGUGGGUGCGCCGGUCGUCUCUUUUAAAUAGUCAAUGAAGCUGCUAAGAUUUUGAGCCCCCCUCUUUUUUUUUUUUUUUUUUUGAAGAACGUCAACCGACCUUUUCAUCGACUCAUGUCUGAGCCACUCAUUUGUUUUGUUUGUGUUUUUUCUAGUGUAAAUACUGACUAGACUUUUUAACAGUGCAGAAUUUCUCACAGGUAACAUUUAUUAAUAAUGUUAAGUGACUUUGCUCGUAGCCCGUCAAGAUCAUUGAAAAGAAUUAUUGCACAGGUAAAUCUUAUUUAUUAAAUUAACAAUCAAAGAGUUGUAUAAUGGUUUUCUUUUGAAAUAAAUUUUGUCUGGAAUCAUU